UUUGCUGGUACUGGUAAUAUUAUUCAGGGACAUAAACAACCUUAUAAAGUUCACGAGCAAUCGGGCGUUGAUGAACCUCCUUCCAGGCUCAGAAAAAGAAACCAUUCAACAAAUUAUGCCGAAAGCUCAUCGAGAGAGGAAUCGAAUUCAGAUUACGAGGAGAAAUCAAAGAGAGUAAAAAAUGAACCCAUCCGAUCCUUGAAUGAAUUUUCCAGUUCCUUCCCGAAGCUACCGGAUGACGACGAGAAUGAUGAGAGCGAGAGUGAAGCAAUUACCAGAAAAUUAAAUAAAUUAAAAAAGCGCCUCGAAGCUCAGCCAAGAAAUGAUUGGAUCGUAGGCACAAUUAAUGUGUCAAAAAAGUUCAAAGAAUUUCAAAUACAAUUAAUAGAAAAUGUAAUAAAUGGGAGGGCAUGCAAUAAUAUUGCAAUUGGAUUAGAUGGCAAUUUCAUAUUGAAUGAUGGAAGUGAUCUGGGUAAGAAAGCUAGCCGAGUAUUCAAUAAUCUAAAAGAAGACUUACCGUCAGUACAAAUAAAAAGAACCACGGAAAAUGAGCAUCGAUUUAAUUAUUUAGAUCCUUUGUUGAGACCAUUUUUCUGUGGAGAUUCAAAAGACUACGAAAUAAGGAUGGAUAAAAGUGUAAAUGGGUCACUGAAAAGACCAGAUUUUAGCUGUAGAAUCAAUGAUAUUACAAUAUUAAAUUCCGAAAUAAAGCCAUUGGGUUGCACGGAAUUACAAAAAAAUAAAGAUUUCGUUAAGGUACAUUUACGGUCUAAAAGAUCAAUAAAUCAGCUUUUAAAUGAAGGCGGUCCGAAUCAAUCGAUUAUUUUUUUAAACAUGGGGGAUGAUGUAAAUUCAUAUGUUAUGGAUUUACAGUAUGAUGGCAUAUAUCGGUCAUGUCCUUUGCUUGCCACCAAGUUAGUAACAGAAAAAGCAUUAUUUCCAAUGCUGGUAUUGUCAGUAUAUCAUAUUGAUAAGAUAGAGCAACACGUUCAGGGGAUCGCGAGUGAGUUUAUGAGUAGAAGGUCAAGUCAAUACAAUUAUUCCGAACAAAUUGGAUACAUGAUUGAAGAACUAAGCUCAUCUGAAUUUAAGGAAUUAUUGAG